ACCACACAAAUGUUGUGAACACUGUUGCAUUGUGGGGCAGAUGAUUGACGCGGCGGCCAUUUUCCCGCUGGACGCUGCUUCCCAUUGUGGAUACGAAGAAGAAAAUAGAGACAAGCGAAACAUUUCUCACGACUUGUACUCACUUUUCCCCUAGGUGAUCUUUAGUAGCCAUGGCCCGUACCAAGCAGACUGCCCGUAAGUCCACUGGAGGCAAAGCCCCACGUAAACAGCUGGCCACAAAGGCUGCUCGCAAGAGCGCCCCUUCCACUGGUGGUGUCAAGAAGCCCCAUCGCUACAGGCCCGGUACUGUGGCUCUGCGUGAGAUCCGUCGUUAUCAGAAGUCCACUGAGCUGCUGAUCCGCAAGCUGCCCUUCCAGCGCCUGGUGAGAGAAAUCGCCCAGGACUUCAAGACUGAUCUGCGUUUCCAGAGUGCAGCCAUCGGAGCUCUGCAGGAGGCUAGCGAGGCAUACCUGGUGGGUCUGUUUGAGGACACCAACCUGUGCGCCAUCCACGCCAAGCGUGUCACCAUCAUGCCCAAAGACAUCCAGCUGGCACGUCGUAUCCGUGGGGAGCGCGCUUAAACGUUUCUCCUCCUCUUGGUCUUUUUCCUUUUCACCUCUUCCUGCCCUUCCUUCACCGGUCUGUCCCUAACCUGCUCCCUCCCUCUCUCCCCCCCGUGUUAGUAGUGUGUAGAGGAAAACUGAUUAUAUUAUGGAUACAGUGUAUAGUCGUGUUUUUCUUAGUGCUCUCGGCAGCAGACUUCUAGGGUACUCUCUUUUUGUGCAUGUACCGACUCUUUGGUGAUGAGAUCUCCUCAAGCACACGUCUCCUACUUUGCACUGUUUCUAACCUGACUCUGUGGGGGAGAGGAUGAUUUGUGGAUAGAAUAAGGAAAAAACAAGGACUAGAACAAUGCAAAUUUGGGAGGGACAGACAGGAGGAGAGGAUGGGUAUUUGUCUGCUGGGGGACUCUCGUCUCUUUUCUGCAGCAGGGUGCUAGAAGAACUUACCUGGUCCUCUUCUCCUGCUUUCUAUCCUCUGCCAGCCUCGCUCCGAAUUGUGCAGAGAUGACAGUGUUAGUCUCUUCUCAUAAGGGCAGAGGCUUGAUUUUCUGUCCCUCUAUGUGUCUGCAUGAGUGUUGGCUCUGAUCACCACAGGAAAUUGUAUACAAUCCAUCAGCAUCUUUGGAUAAGUUGAUUCAUGAUUACCAUAUUGAUCAUUGCUGUCAUCCGCCAUGUUAGUUUUUUUUUUUUCCUUCCAAAUAAGUCUCAUGCACAUGAUUUUUUUUUUUUUUCACUUCAAACUAUUUGUGGAUGACAUGGAUAUGGGGGGAUACAUCAGAGUAAAACACCUACAGAGAACAAAAACAAAAAAACAGAUUUGAACAGAUUUUUUUCUACUGAAAUGUGAAGCUACUGACUUGUUUUGGCACCAAAGUUUGAUCCUCUUGUAGACACUCUUUUCCUAACUGACAGAAGAGUUUAACCUCACCUGUUUUUGUGGUGUUCAAAUUGGUUUCAUCUAAUAAUUUAAAGCCAAAGCUUUAGAGCUGAAGUGGUGUCAGAGAUCUUUUUUUAGCAGUGGCUCAUUUUUUAAUAAAGGACCUUUUUAUAACAAAGGUUCAUCUAGGUUUGUAAUGUUCUCCAAAACCAAAAUCUCUCAAAGUGUGAAAAUGAUUUUUUAAAAACAAAAUAACUGAUUAAAAUGUGAAAAUGUAUUGUAAAUCAGUGUUACAUGACAAAUAAUUCUGGUCAUGUUUUCUGUAUACGUCCCCCCCGUUGCUUCGUUUUUUUUCUCCGGCUCAGUUGAUCGUCUGUAUACCGUCUCUCAGGUUGACUUGUCACCCUUUUAACUUAAUUUUUAUUUUUUUGCUCAAUUUGAUUUUCUUUUUUUUUCUUUUUUUUUGAAAUGUUGAGGAUGAUGUCUCAAUUAAACGUUUGUAAUUUCCAGAUUUGUCAUAUAAGGUGGUAAUAAAUGGAUGUUACACACAA